AAACGAGCUCAAACGCAAAAAGCAAAAAUGUUGGCAAUGCCCACACUGAUGAUGCCAGCCACAGCACAAAUGACGCUCAGCAGUCAGCCACUAUCAGUUGGUGCUCCACAUGCUAAACCAUAUGAAACUAAAUUAUUGGCCAUACAUCAGACGCAUAUAACGGCCCAACAGCAACAGCAGCAGCAACAACAGCAAUCACACCAACAGGCGAGCAAUACCAAGCAACCACAGCAGCAACAACAAAUGUCGGCCAAUAGUCAACAACAGCAGCAACAACAAGCCGCCGCUGCUGUCGCCCAACAACAGGCCGUACAACAACAACAGCAGGCUGCUGCCCAACAACAUCAACAGCAGCAACAACAGGCUGCCGCCGCCGCAGCCGCUGCUGCAUGCAUUGCCCAACAGCAGGCUGUUGCUGUGGCCGCUGCCGCCGCACAACAGCAACAAUAUCAAAUACAUUCGCAACAACAAUCACCACAGCAGGCAUUGAGUGCUUCACCCAAACAAGAUGUUCUGGGUGUUGGUAGCGGUGGUGGUGGUGGCUUAAAGGUAAAAUUGCUGCAAUAUUGCAUUGAUUCAUUUUCGUCGUUUCUACGAACAUUUACAGCCGAUUGUAGUUUGUUGCAACAACAACAGGAACGUAUGUCAUGUGGCACGAGGUUUUAG